CCUCCUUUGUUGCCUUCCGAGCUCGAUUGCGAGAAUCCGGACUAACUUUUUCUUUUUUGCAAUCUUUCGCGGAUUUCAUCAAUUUUUGUUCUCGCACAUCACUUGCUGGGGUUUAACCUCAUCCGCGCCCGCUCCCUCCUUUUGAUAAACCCUCCCUUUUGUUGACCUUGUACUAUCUGGUUAUUCUUUUGUCCCCUCUCCACCCGCCGACAUCCACCCUUCCCCCUCCCACGCUGCGCUGCCGGUACAGCACAACACUGAUUCCCGUUACAACUUGCUCUUCGUUUGUUCAGACCACCGCGCUCUUCCUGAUCUAACAACCAUAACCUUGCCUUCAGUUCACGGCAAUGCCGGGACCUUCGAACAACAACAGCAUUAAUAUCGAGCUGAAGUCGGACCUGGAGGCUCAGAAAGCUAACCUGCUGUCCCAACAGGAGCCGGACGACAGUGAUGAUGGUUUAUCUAUCGGCGGAUCGACACGCAGUAGCUUGUCAGGGCAUGAGUUGAAACCUGUGAUAUUGCCAGACAGCGCUGUAAAGUCGAAUUCGCAAAAGUCGAGUCAAACCUCAUUUCUGAUCUGGACCGCAGUCAACACCCUGGCUACUAUUGGAAUAGUCUUCACAAACAAGAGGAUCUUCGAUGAUCCAAACUUUAAGAAUAUGCAAACAUCCUUUGCUGCCUUUCAUUUUGUCUGCACAAGUUUGACAUUGUUUGUUAUCUCUCGUCCUUCUUUUGGCUUCUUUGUUCCGAAACGAUGCGGGAUUGUCGAGAUCUUGCCCCUAGCGUUUGCUAUGUGCUUCAACGUUAUUCUUCCGAAUCUUUCGCUGGCCUAUUCCUCAAUCACCUUCUAUCAGAUUGCGAGAAUCUUGCUCACACCUUUCGUGGCUUUGAUAAAUCUUGUCUUCUACCGGGUCUCGAUCCCUACGUACGCUGCUCUUUCUUUGAUCCCGGUUUGUACUGGUGUGGGGGUAGUCUCCUAUUAUGACACCCGUGCUGCGACUCCGGAACAGGCAGGGAAGGUGACAACCGUCGCUGGUGUCAUCUUCGCUUUCAGUGGUGUGGUAGCAAGCUCUCUAUAUACCGUUUGGAUCGGGACAUAUCAUAAGAAGCUCAAUAUGAGCUCCAUGCAGCUACUUUUCAACCAGGCGCCGGCGUCCACCUUUUUGCUCUUGUUCUUUAUUCCUUUCGCGGAUGCCAUUCCGGUAUUUGGCGAUGUACCCAUCAGCCGAUGGGCUAUGAUUCUCAUGUCUGGUUUGUUUGCUAGCCUUAUCAACUUGUCGCAAUUCUUCAUCAUUGCGGGUGCUGGGGCUGUUAGUAGUACUGUCGUGGGGCAUGCUAAGACCUGCUCAAUCGUUAUCUUAGGCUGGAUGGCUAGCGGAAGAAGUGUGUCAGACAAGAGUUUGUUAGGUAUCGUGUUGGCAAUCGGUGGAAUUAUCAUGUACUCCGUGUCGGUAAUUAAGGCAAGACGCAUGGCGUAAAUAGUUGGAGUGGAUCUUUCCUCCCUCUUUGCCUUUCUCUCGCUUUGGGGGCUCAUUUUUUCAGUAUAAUUGCCUGUGUAGAAGAAUAGCGUUAGAAUGUUGGGUGUUGGGGUCGAAAAACCUGGAAAUAAUGUGCGAGGUUGGAUCGGGUAAAUUUUUUCAAUUUUUUCAUCCUUUAGUUUUUACACCACUGAAAUGUCAUUCAUCUCUUCGUUAUACUCGAUACUCGAGUAAUUGGGUUAGAAGGGCGGUGGCAGGUUAAAUCCAAAUAUGUUUGAUCUA